CCGACCGCAUCAGUCUCUCUGGGCAGAGAGAGGGGAGUAAAACCGAGGAGGAGAAACGUGCUUUCUGCAAAAAAGAACUACAUACCCUUCUUCCAACGUUACGGGACAUUUUGGACUUUUAUUUCUUAUUCUUUUUAAGGUUUAACUUCCGCUCGUCCGAAAUGAAGGCAGUAAACAGUCGCGCCUCCACAGUGGGCAGAAACCCCUUCAUUCACGAGCUGACAUUCACCAUGACAGAAAAGAUAAAGAUUUUCCUGAUGUCGGUCACAGUGUUUCCCGUUCGGCUGCUUCUCGUUUCCUCCCUCAUGUUUCUGGCCUGGCCGUUCGCCUUCAUAGCCUCCAUGGGACGCUCCGAUUAUAUCAUGGAGCCUCAGUCGUGGUGGAGAAGGUUUGUAGAUGUCUGUCUUCGAGCCAUCAUGCGGGCCUUGUGGUUUUGUGUAGGUUUCCAUUGGAUAAAAGUGAAAGGAGAGCGAGCGAAACCUUCAGAAGUUCCAAUUCUCACAAUGGCCCCUCACUCCUCUUACUUUGAUGCCAUCCCAGUCACCAUGAACAUGUGCUCCAUCGUUACCAAACUGGAGAGCAGGAGCAUUCCCGUCUGGGGAACUCUGAUCAGCUACAUCAGGCCGGUGUUUGUGUUUCGCUCGGAUCAAGCCUCCAGAAGAAAGACUGUGGAGGAGAUCAAGAGGAGAGCCAAUUCUGGAGGGGAGUGGCCUCAGAUCAUGAUAUUUCCAGAGGGAACGUGCACCAACAGGUCUGGGCUCAUCUUAUACAAAGCUGGUGCUUUCAUACCAGGACUCCCAGUGCAGCCUGUGGUGCUACGCUACCCAAACAAACUGGAUACGAUUACAUGGACGUGGCAGGGUCCUGGAGCGUUCAAACUCCUGUGGCUCACGCUGUGCCAACUUCACAAUCCCAUGGAGAUAGAGUACCUUCCUAUUUACACACCAUCGAAGGAGGAGAAGGAAAACCCGGUCCUGUUCGCCAGCAAUGUCCGAAAACUCAUGGCAAAGGCGCUGGAGCUGCCACUCAUAGACCUGUCGUUUGAUGACCGUGAGAUCAGCCUAUCACACGGCCCGCUGAGUAUCCAUGACGACAGCAGCCUGCUCCAGUUCCACCAGCUGGUCUGCCGCCUGGGGCUGAGAGCAGAGAGGACGGACUCGCUGCUGCAGGAUCAGGUUCAGAGAGCCAGAGAUCUGCAGGGAGAGAGGGUCAAUCUGCAGGAAGUCUCCACGUUCCUCAACCUGUCAAUCACACACACACUCGCAGAGGUCCACAGCCUCUUCGACCAGCGUGGAGAGGGACUGAUCGACAUCCGACUCUUUGUCAUCGCUCUGUCGACGGUCCAUCGACCGUCACAGGCCAUGGAGACGCUCAAACUGGCCUUUAAGAUGUUUGAGAGCGAGGACAACGGGUACGUCUUGGAGGAAGACCUCGCUGCCAUCUUGGAGAUAAUGUUGGGAGUGAGAGAACUGGAUCUCUCCGGUCUUUUUUCGGCGCUGAGCGGACCUGAAACCGCCAAAAUCACAUAUGCUGAACUUCAUCACUUCAUAGAGCAGCAGCCACACUUCGUCCAGGAUUACCUCGAUUUUGAAAACCAUCCGCGCAACUUCAGUCAAACUAAGAACUGCAACGGACUGAGCCACAGCAAAGAAGACUGAAGGAUGGAAGAUGGAAGACUUUAAAGGUCUUCAUGUCUUUUCCACAUCAACAUGUCUCCGCUCCUUAUUUUCAACAGAACAGGGCUGAAACAGAGGGGAUUAUGGGAUGCUGCAAUGAUCUGUUUGGUGUUUCAGCCAAUCGGAGACAUGUUCUGUAUAUAUCUGAGACCUGGGAUAUAUUGAAAAACAGUAUAAUAGGGGACCUUUAAUGCGAACCCCUUCCCUUCUUCAUGAUGUUUCUCUCCAUAAUGCAGCUUCACCUCGGUGCCUUUAAUCGAGGUGGAGAAACAAAGAUGUGAGGAUGAAGCAAACAUGAAGAAAGUUCUCUUUUUAACUUUGGGUUUCUGAAUUCCUUUGGGGUUUUUUUGCGGCCCAUUUCUGGAGAUAUGUUAUUUAUUUGAAAAUGUAUUUUCUUAUCUAUGAAGUACAGCUAUUUAAGAAAUGAGGGGGGUUUAUUUUAGACAUUCUGGUGGAUCUCAGGCAAAUGGACACUGCCCUUUAUUUCCUGCUGCUCUUCAGGUUUAACUAAACGUAAUAUCAGGUGAAAGGGAUCGGGAUAUUGAUCAUGUCACCACUAUGUGACAAACACUAGAACAAUCUGCCAUACACUGCCAUAGAUUUAUACCCCAUAAAGAAGGGGUUUGAGGGACCAUGAACUGACUCAACAUGUUUUUUAUUUGCUAGCUACCUUUAUGGAAAGUAAUACAAAAGCAGACCAGUUUUUCUAAGAAAAACAUUUAAUAUGAGGGUUGUUUAAUAUCUUUGGAGCUGUGAAUCCAUUGAACCAAUGACGGAUAGAUAUUACACAAACUGUAUCUUUGAUUUCCUGAUACUGUGGGUUUUAAAUAUCAAUCUCUGAUGGUUUGACUCAUUUUGUACCUUUUCAAAAGCUGCAAUGUUCAUGUGAAAUCUCUCAGAAAGAAAAACAGAUGUGAAAGAUCAAUACUUUUUUCAAAUAAAUACAAAAAUCAC